AUGAUGAAGCUGAGAGACGAUAUCCAGAAUUUCGACCAACAGGAAGGUGAACCAAUUCACGAGUCAUGUACAAGAUUCAAAAGAUCUUUGCGUAAAUGCCCAACGCAAGGGCCACCAGACCGGGGGAGAAUAAAGGUUGGAACUCCAGAAAAUACGAGGAAGGUUUCCAUACACACUAUCAACCGUGUGGUGGGAAACAAGGUUGGAACUAUUAUCGAGGAGAAGAACCAGGGAGAUAUUGGAAAGAUUAGGUUGACCAGGAUGGUCAGGAGGAGGACCAUAUCGACUUGUGUGAAAGCCCGAAAUCUAAAGGGAGUCCAGGUGGCAAUAAGGGGUAUGAUGGAAGAUGAGGAUACUCAAAAACUUGAAGAGAGUGAAGGAGUGGAGGAACAAGAUUUUCUUAUUCAACAAGGCCUUACUAAAGAACCAGAGGAGGAAAAAGAUCAACAAGUUCAAGUUCCAAAAGUCAUACAUCCCUUACCCAUGAUACCUCCACCAUUUCCCCAACGUUUGAAAAAGAAAAAUGAAGAUGAGAAGUUCAAAUUUUUUUCGUCAGUAUUCAAGAGCUUAUCAUUCAACCUUCCUUUGGUAGAAGCAUUGUUGGAAAUGCUGGGAUACGCCAAAUUCAUGAAAGAGCUGGUUAGAAAUAAAAGGAGUUUGGAAUAUGAAACGAUAGAGGUGCCCCAUAGUUGUAGUGCAAUUAUGACAAAUGAUUCAAUUACUAAGAGAGAAGAUCCUGGAGCAUUAACAAUCCCGUACACAAUUGGCAUGCUCCAAUUUGCUAAACCCUUAUGCGACUUAGGCGCAAGUAUCAACUUGAUGCCCUAUGCAAUAUACAAGCUACUUUGUUUGGGUGAACCAAAAGUAACCACAAUGAGACUCCUCAUGGCUGAUCGAUCAAUCAAGCACCCAGUUGGAAUACUUUAUGACAUAAUUGUAAAAGGGGAUUUGUUCCUCUUUUCAGCUGAUUUUGUGAUUCUAGACUGUGAGAUUGAUGUUGAAAGUCCCAUUAUUUUGGGAAGGCCUUUCUUAUUUAAUGGGAGAGCACUGGUGGAUGUUGAAAGCGGAAAAUUGAAGUUCCAUGUGAAUGAAGAUGAGGUGACCUUCAAUAUCUGUAAGUCCAUGAAACAACCAAGUAACAUCUAUGUAGUUUCCACUGAGGAUGUGAUAUAUAAGGAAGUGGCAAGUGUGAGUCAUUUAAUGCGCAAUAAUGAGCUACUUGAAUUUGUGCUUGCUAAUUAUGAUGAAUUCGAAGUUCAGGGUUACGAGGAAGUGGUAGCUGCUUUAUCAGGAUUAGGAGCAUAUUCAACGAAUCCAAUCAAAUUGGAUAUUAAUUUGAAAAAUAAAGAAAGCCCCCUUCUAAACCAUCAAUAG